GCAAGGAUCCCUUUGCUAAUAAUAGCAAUUUAAUUUAGCAAGCCGGUCACUGUGUGAGGGGCAUAAUUUCCCCUGUGGGUCUACCAUUCAUGCUCCACUAACUAAGCCCUUCGUGAUUAUGAGCAAGAAACUAUUGCGCCUCUGAUAAGAGAGGUGGGUGAAGCUCAAGGUGGUGACAACUUCCCUUGCCCAAAGCGCUGUAUAAUGGAGGCCCGAAACAGCGCAGAUACUACCUCUUCUAAAGAGAAACAUGGCGUAUUUUCCUAUAGCAUAAACGGCAUAUUAGGCCUUAAAAGCGGUUCUGACUCGAUGAAAGAUCAAGACGGUGAGAACGCGGGGGAAGUGAUAAAGAAAGAAGCAGAAAGCAACGCUAUCGAGACUGUCUCCGCAGAACAAGUUCCGGUAGAGGGAGAUGAAGAAACUGAAGAGGUGAACUCGUCGUCCGAGGACGCUUCAGCUUCAGCGAAGAAAAAGAAGACUCGCUACCGCACAACAUUUAGUCAGUAUCAGCUUGAAGAGCUUGAACGAGCAUUCGACAAAGCCCCUUAUCCGGAUGUAUUUGCACGGGAAGAAUUAGCCUCUAAACUUGGCUUGACAGAAGCAAGAAUUCAGGUCUGGUUCCAGAACAGAAGAGCAAAAUGGCGAAAACGUGAAAAGCUAUGUGCUUUUGGAGCAGUUCCCCCCGGACACGGCAUGGUUUACCCCUGGUUACACCAGGAGCCAUUCUCUCCCAACACAUCUUACCCUGUGACCUUCCCCACGGGUCUUGGACACGGCAAUACCCCACGCGACAUAUGCUCGUCCUUUUACCAAGCCACAACGCAUCCCAUGCAGUGUUUCCGUUCGCAAGUUCCGACUGUUAUGCGCCCCGGUUGUCCCGAUCCUCGCGAGUGCCCUUGCUCCUGCAGCGUGCUGUCUCCUACGGGAAGCCCGUGCUUUAUAACACCCCCCUACCGACUUGAGGAGUCCGGGCGAGGAUUUGAUGUCUUACCCGAACAUUCUGGUGGAAUGACGAGGGAAACUAACCGAGUCUCGAGUAUUGCUUCCCUUCGCCUUCGAGCCAAAGAACAUCAGAUGAAUAUUGUGCAGAUUCUCAGUAGAAAAUAAAAUGGGACUGAACCCAAUUUAAAAAUCAUUUCUAAGUAGUUUUAAACAAAAUUCAGAAGUAUAUACAUAAAAGGUUCAUGUGGCAGUGGCAAAGUGAAUGUACGGUUUUAAGCAACAAACUUAAGACUAUUAAUGGCUAUAACUUCGACACAUUUGGUUGUCUACCAGACUUAAAUGUAGUAAUAUUUCCGUACUUUUAAUUUGAGGAACAUAGCCUGCCAAUGGAUUCUCCAAACUGCAUCUUGAGUUUUUAAAAACAACGUUAAAACAAAUUUACAGCGGAAGUAACUGUAAAUAAAUAAUUAUACAAUUGAACAGUUUA